UAGUGUCGACCACAUUCAAUAAAAUAUCUCGAUCGUCACUUUAGAUCCAAUUAAGUAUUUCUAUCUAACAUUUUUGGAAGAGACUAUGUUAUCUUCACGUUAACAUUUCCUCUAGUCCUCCUUAAAAUUACCGUCCAUCGAAAUAAACAAAUUGCACAACUAUUAAAUGAAUCAUCCGUUAGGACAUUACACCAAUGACCCUGUUACUAGAAUUACAUUAACAUUAAUAACCCUAGUGCAUUCAACUAUUGUUAUCGUUUCAUUUCAAAUACAUAAGUCUAUGAACUUUGAAAAAAAUAUUUCUAUAAAUUGGUGAGAUUAGCUCACAGAAUCACAUUCAAUAAGACAAAAUGAAGACGUUAACAUUAGCGUUAGUUGUUACAGUGCUUGUAACACAAAUCUUAGGGUACCUUAUACAUGUGCCUACGGAACCCAGGAUACAGCCUAUGAAAACAGUUCCAGGCCAAUGGCUGCAUUUUCAAAAAAGAAUUGUCCCGUUAUUUGAAAAUGUCUGUGAAGUCAGCAGUGAUGCCACGAUCAAAAAGUUAGCUCAGGAUUUUACACCAGUGUCUGAAGAUUAUAUGAGACCAGAAGUAGUCACAAAUUUCCAAAAGCUCAGAUCAAGUGGUAUGUUAGCCAAAGGAGAGAUAUUCACUGAAUAUGACCCUAACCACAUGGACGAAUUAAAAAUAAUCUACGAAGUUAUGUUCUACGCCAAGGACUUUGAUACAUUCUACAAAGCCGCCGCUUGGGCGCGACAGAAUGUGAACUGUGGGCUUUAUGUAAAUGCUAUAUAUUUAACGAUGCAAAGCAGAAAAGACACAGAAAGGCUGAUUAUCCCUGCUCCUUACGAAUUGCUUCCAAAUUAUUUUAUUGAAAAAGACGUUAUAAAGCAGGCGGCGUCCAUUCUUGCUGGAGAAGAAGUAAUUUCUACAGACAGUGUCCGUGAUGAAGGAAAUGCAUACUAUUUAGAUGCUAACUAUACUGCAUUGUUUUACGACAAUGAGGCCGAUUCGAAGUUAGCUUACUUCCGUGAAGACGUUGGCUUAAACUCUUACUAUUAUCUAAGAAAGCUCAAAUUACUGCUACCAUGGUUUUACAAAGAUGAUAGUUGUAGAUUUGGAGAAAAUAUGUACCAAAUGAUGAAACAAUUUAUGGCUAGAUAUCAAUUAGAAAGAUAUGCAAAUGGUUUGCCCGAAAUAGAAUCCAUUGACUGGAAUUCCUUAUCUGAUAUUCCUUACGAUCCUUUGUUGAUUUAUUCAGAUGGUAAUGAAUUUAAUCACAGAACGGCACCCCUUCAAUUAUCACCCAACGAAGAUUUAACAUUAUUACAAACUAUAGAAAAUAAUAUUGGAGCAGUUGUGCAGCACUUGACUCAAUUUUCGCAGAGGGAGGGUGGCUACAAUAAAACACACAUACUGAAUCACUUAAUGGAAAUUCUUGUCACCGGAGAUAGAAGUUAUGAGACAUUGGCUCGCCGACUUCUUGGCAAAGACAUGCCAGACAACAGACACGUAUCUGUACUAGAACAUUUCAUGACGUCUAUGCGGGAUCCGAUGUUUUGGAGGAUAAACAAGAAAAUAGUAGAACUUAUUGAUGGUGCACUUAAAGCUUUACCUACGUAUACAAGAAGUGAACUAUAUUUCCCUGGCGUGAACGUCGUAAACAUUGAUGUCAAGAAGAUGAUGACAGCUUUCGAUUACUUUGAGUUUGAUGUUACCGACGCUCUAAGAAUAGAUGACAGCAAUACCACGUUCAACGUUAAAAUAGGUCAGCCUAGAUUAAAUCAUAAGCCAUUUACAAUUAAGCUCAAUGUCUCGUCACUAGUCGCUAAAAAGGGAUUAGUGAAAAUUUACUUAGGACCUAAAAUAAUGCCUAAGGAUCUAGCGACCAAAAAGAAUCUAUUGACACUGCUCGACAUGUUUGAAGUAAACCUUAAAAUAGGAACAAAUAUGAUAUCCAGAUCCUCAGCAGACAUGAAACAUUUUUCGGGAGACUAUAUGUCUCUAAGAAAUAUUAGAAAAAUAAUUGAAGAUGCGGAGUACGGGUUAGACUUUACAUUAGAGAAAACGAUGGCUUCACAAACUGGGUAUCCUUCAAGGCUUAUUUUGCCUAAAGGUUCACCACUAGGCUUGCCUCUUCAAAUGUUUGUUUUCGUAGCCCCAUUCACCAAAGCUGCUUUUGGCGAUUCAUACUCCACAAAUGGUAUAGAGGAAUUUAACUCAGCUAUAUUAUCGCCUGGCUUUCCGCUUGAUCUAAAUAUUGAAAGUAAACAGUUGUUUGAGUUGCCUAAUGCAAUGAUAAAGUAUGUGACUGUUACACAAAAAAAGGAUAAUAAAAUUGAAAAUUAUGGAGGUCCUGGAAUUACGAAGCAAUGGUACGGAGCUAAUACAUAUGAUCCAUCGUCUCGUCCAAGUUAUUCUGCUAAAAACAGAGAACCAUUCGACUACAAUUCACGAAAAGGACCUUAUGAAACUACAGAUAAAAGUACAGAAAUUGUUAAUGAAUAUAAUGUCCCUUCAGAAGAUAUUAUAAAUGAAACUCAAGACGACGUCUUUACUACAAGAACUAACUUAUUAAAAUCUGAUGACGUUGAAUCAAUCAAAUCAGAAAGCGAGAAAAACGAUUCUAAGGAAUUUGAUGAAAGAAAUGACAAAUCAGUUGAAAAAGAUUGUGAUAAAAAUGUAGAAACGAUUUUGCCUCGUUUAUUAAAAUCUUCAAAAACCGAUUACGUAGCAAAAUACAAAAGCAAAGUAGACUACGACAGGAAAAAAUAUUCCGAGAAAUAUUCUGAAAAGUAUAAAAAUAAAAAUUACAACAAAUACUCUACUGAUUCUCCCUCAGAAGAGGAGACUGUAUCCUAUUCCGAAAAUCAAGAGCCCGUUGUAGAUUCAACAGAUGUUUUAAAACCAAUAGAAUGGAAUAACGAAGUUUUUGACCAAAAUAUUAAAUCAAAGCUUGACAAAAAAGAAUCACUACCUAAAAAAGACAAAUAUGAUACGUAUACUGUUGUAGAUCCAAUGACUAAUGAUAUUGAACAUGAUGAAAGUGUCAAGGCUGACGGUGUACUGCGUCUUUUGAAAUCAGCUUUUGAUCACUCAAAAUACAAUAGAAGGGAAAAAUUUGAUCACAAAGCAAAAAAGGCCGAGUUUGACAAAAAAGACUAUGCUGCUAGAAGAGCAAAUUAUACUAAAUAUCGUAAAACAACCCCGAAGACAGAAUAUGUUGCAACCACUACCAUGGCGACUACCUCCGAGUCAGAAGAGCCCUUACCGAGAGUAAUGCUUAAUAAGGAUACUGGUUAUUUGGACCUUAUUAAUGAAAUUACUGCGAAUGACGUCAGUAUGGAUGACCUCCAAGAACUCUCACAGGAAAUUGAAAGCGAAAUAAAUGAUUUAGAACCAAAACCAGAUCAAGAAAGAAAGCGAAUGCCCACAGUUUACGACUUCUUGUUUCAUUUAUUUGAUUAUGUAGAUAGUUCGGAGAGAGUUUACGAAUAAAUAUCAAUUGCUUUAUAGAAUAAAUACCCUGU